AUGCCCAACAAUAUGGGGGCUCACAACGACAAUACGAUAACUCCUACGAUGGAUAUGGCCAGGACGACUACUAUAAUCAGCAUGAGGGAGGCUAUGCCGACGGGUAUGGCCAGGGAUAUGAUAAUGAUCAGUAUCAAGGUCACGGGUACUCGCAACACUCCCAGCAGCACUAUCCACAAGAUGGCCAUGGCCAAGGUGAUGGGCGGCAACCCUCUCGCGGAGGAUAUGGUGGGAUGGGAUACGGCCGCGGUGGAAGGGGGCCCGCACCAAGGCAGGGUGGUCAUCCAUCAGACGUCCCCCAGUCCUAUUCAGACCCAAACCUUGGUCGUCCAAACGAACAACGAACAGGCCCUCGAAAUGGAAACUAUAACGGUGACUAUCAAGAUCGCCAAUUGGCUGACCAAAUGUAUGGUAUGGAUAUUAACGAUCCCAAUGGGUACCAACAGAGGAUGCCUCCCGGACCAGGACCAGGAUCAAGAGGUAGUAGCGGAAGCCAAAGGAGUCAUGGAGAGUAUGGAAGGCAAAUACCUAGAGGUCAAUCGGCUCAAGGGUAUUCCAACGGCCGAGGAUAUGCUGAGCUAA